GGAAGGCAGCCUCUUCACAGAAGUCUAUCAGUGCAUCAGGAUACCGAAACACAGAGUUUGGACUCCUUAGCACUUGCUCUCAGGCAUCGCAUCCUGAGAGUGCUAUACCGGCAGCUGCUGCAAAGUGUUUCCUCCAAGGCCAGCAGCCACGGCUUCCCAGGACCAGAGGCAGCCUCUUGUGAGUGUGGGUUAUGAAGGUGAGGACCCCAGUUGUGAGGAACUGGUGGCCCCUGCCCUGAGCCUGGGGGAGAACUGCCACGUCUUCAUCAGCUACAGCAGUGCUGGCUCCAGCUGGGCCCACAGCUUCAUUGACAGGCCGGAAUUGUCCCGGCCCAUCCUGUGAACCUGCUUCCACCAGCGGGACUUUGUGCUGGGGAGGCCCGUGCUGGAGAACAUGGCAGACUGCAUCCAGUGCAGCCAGAAGGUGCUGUUGGUCCUCAGCAAGGACUUCCUACAGAGCCGCUGGUGCCUCCUGGAAGCCAACCUGUCCCUCUUUAGAGACUCGAGCGCAAACCUGCGCAGCCCGUGCUGCUAGAGCCCUGUGCUGUGCCCCUGCACCUCAGCCACCUCACCUACCUGGAGGCAUGGGACCCCGACUUCUUCAGCAAAGUCCUCAAGGUCCUCUGCACCCCUAACUGUCUCCUGAGCAGCUCCACUGUGGUGCCCUUUCAUCCCCCUUCUGUCUACAAUGGGAAAGUACUGCUGACCCUGAGUUCAGUGGACAUGGAGGAUAUACCAACAUGGAAGACAGGGGAGUUCGGUGACAUGGACAUUCCUGAUCAUCUUCAAAUGGUCACGGAAGAUUCUGAAAACUACAAGAAGGCCAUCAGGCUGAUAAACUUGGUGCCUCCUCCCACAUUUUGCUUCAAAAACCCUUGGGUGCGAGGUGCUUUAAUAUUACUAGUAAUUUCAUUGCAAGUGCCUGUGUUACUUCUUUUGGUCUUUGCCAUCGUGAACACAGAUAUACCGGUAGAAUAUGCUUUCAUAAUAAUAUUUUUAAUGAUCAUAUGGUGUUUUAUGGUGUUCAUCUUAGCUGUAAACACUGCUUACUUGGGAAAGGAGAAGGGGAAGGAGAACCUGAUAGUAAUGAAAAGGCGUGCCGGUGAGGCCAACGCCCUCCUGUUACACGAGAAGCUGCUGAUUGGCUGUGAGUCCAGAACUAAGCUUCACUUUGUCUACAUGUCCCUGGAGGGGUGCCAGGCCACCUUCAGGGAGACCUUUUGGGGGAGCACCCCCCCUGGGGAGAUGAUGCUCCAAACUGCCCUGCUCUGCUUCUCCUCGGGGUAUGCUUGCUGUGUGGCCAGGAAGCAUUUCCCCUUCUCUCUGCCGAUGGGAACCUCCCCGGGACACCUGGAGGGAGGUGUGUGUUUCUGCCAGUACGUGGCCCAGAGAUUAGGACAAGGGAUGUGGGAUUAGUGAGGGAUGAGGGGUCAGAGUAUACAAGGUGCUUACAUUGAAGAAGUUAUUGAGAAUUGUUUAUAAUCUAGACUACGUUAAUUUGUCACAAUAUUAAC